AUGGCUAAGACCUUUCAAGAAGAGUUUACACAAAUUAUUAAAUUUGAACCUCCUUUGUACAAGCAACGCCACCAGUUCGUUAAAGAUUUAGUGGAGAAAUAUAAACCUAAGAAGGUGGCAGAUUUAGGAUGUGCUGAUUGCAGCCUUCUCUGGAUGCUGAAAUUCUGCAGUUGCAUUGAAGUGUUAGCUGGGCUAGAUAUCUGUGCAAAUGUGAUGAAAGAGAAAAUGCAUACUUUGUCUCCUCUUCCUGUUGAUUAUUUGCAGCCAUCUGAAAGAUCCCUAACUGUUACCUUGCAUCAUGGUUCAGUUGCCCAUAAAGAUCCCUGUAUGCUUGGUUUUGACUUGGUGACAUGUAUUGAACUAAUAGAACACCUGGAUGAAUCAGAGCUGAAGAAGUUUCCUGAAGUGGUGUUUGGUUUCAUGGCUCCAAGCAUAGUUGUGAUCAGCACUCCAAAUUCUGAAUUUAACCCUUUGCUUUCAAGAGUGAUGUCAUACAGGCAUCCAGACCACAAAUUUGAGUGGAGCCAAGCAGAGUUUCAAAACUGGGCUCUAGAGGCUGCUCGAUGCUAUGGUUACUCAGUGGAAUUUACUGGCGUUGGGCACCCACCAACAGGAAUGGAGAAGGUUGGGUUUUGUACCCAAAUAGGUGUGUUUGUGAGAAAAUGUCCUCAAACUGGUGAAUCGGUUCAGUCUGAGAAACCCACUGAAACAGUUUACAAAACAGUCUUCAAAGCAGUGUACCCAAGUCUUAAAGAUGAAAAGUACUUGCAGAAUGCAGUGAUCAGUGAAGUUAUUUUCACAGCCCAAAUCAUUAAGCACCGUUUAAUGUCAAUACGUGAGGAGUACAGUGAUGAUCCUGAGAGAGAAUCCAAAUUCCAACCUUCAAUGGACUGUUUUUCAGACUAUCUUGGAAAACUGGUUGUUGAAAAACACAUGGAACCAUUUAUCAGUGGAAAUGAGGUUUACAUACCUCUUGCAACAAUCUUUUCUUUUCCCAAAGUGAAUCGCCUUUGUGGUACCUUUGAGAAGUUAUGCAAGCUUAUUGCUGGCAAGGUCACACUGAGUAGUGAUGGCUCUGCUGUGAUGUUCAGUAUUGAGCAUGAAGAGAAUUAGAUCUUACACAAAGUCCAGUUGAAGUAAUGAAAGUUUUUUUUUAAAGCUGUCAGAUGCAAUGUGUUCUGUAUGCUAAGUAGACUACAAAAUAUUUUCUAACCUUCCAUUGGUGGUCUUUAUUU